AUGGUUCGAAAGAACUGGGGCUUGAUGUUCAAGUAUCUGACGCCUGCACAAAGGGCUGGAGAGACUCCAUGUGCUGUUGCUCAGGCCUGUGUGGGAGCUGGCAUUUCUGAGACACUGAGGCUCCUCCAGGAGUCUGUGGAACAAGAAACAGUUCUUCGCUGUCGUGGUGCAGGCUUCUCAGGAUCUGUCCCAGGAAACAGACAGACGGUUCCAGGGAAUUCUUAUACGGUGCAUUCUAUCUCCAGAGAGAAGGAAACAUCCAAGGGAAAUCUGCAGGUGCCUGCAAGCAAGGGUGACUCUGGAAGGAUCUUGGUAUGUCGGUGCCUUCUCUCCCAAGGUGAUAUACGGAGGAGCAGAUGUGUUGCCUCUAGCAAGGCUCUUACCCAUGGGACCGAGAAUGUUAAUGUCAGAAAGAAGUUAGAAACUGAUACUGAAGAGCAGACCUGUGUUGGAAAGAACAUAGUUCAAGGGAGACUGGUGAAUGAAGAAGGGAAGAUCAAUGUGAUGGCUGGAGCUCUAGCUGCCACAUUGGACCAUGAAGUGAAUUCAAGAUGGAAGCCAUAUGCUAAGUAUGGCAGAAGAAAAAGACAGAGGAAACCUGGAACUUUGAUGACACUGUAGCUCCCAUACCAGCCAGAAUCCAGCCUUAUUUUGUAUGAGAGAGAAAUAAGCUUCUAUCUUAUUGAAACCACUGUUAUUUCCUCCUUCACCUGGGACAUCACAAGCCUAGGGAAUCUUUGGAAGGCUUUGACCAGAGAGUGAAAAAUUAGGGAUUUCAUUUGUUUGUCUUUUGGUGAUUCUGAAGAGCAGUCUCCGUUGCGAACCCUGGAGCAGAUGCUAUCUAAGAUGCCUCGCAGGGCUCCAGUGUUUUCUGACUCCAAAGCCCCCUGGAGCAUAUUCUGCGCAGUUCCACGCAGUUCAGCCCAGAGGAGACGGUGGCCCUCACCGUGAAGCCCCGUGAGAGAGUCAGCAUGUACCCCGGGGAGCAGCCAGCACGUCAGAGUGUGUAACUUGCGUGGCGUGGGGGAGAGGGCGCCGGGGCCGUGCCUGUUUCUUAGCUGGUUCUGCUCUGGAGCCAGUGAAUUGGCCUCGCCUGGGGCCGGCGGGACCUUGGCCCAGACGGUGACUGUCCACCGCCUUGUUCCCGACAGCCCGGUCCUUCUCGCCAUCGUGCUGUGGUGUGGCACACCCAGCACGCCUGCCCCAAGUCCGAGGAGCACGUCAGGAAUCCCACAAGUUGCGUCCUUGAGGCCGGCACCCUUCGCGUGAGAUUCUGAAUGCAGUCAUGUGUCUCCAGCUGUCCCAGAGUCACAAAAAGUCCCCGUUCUAAUGAGGAGCUGUGGAAUGCUAAGGCUGAAGCUGCCUUGAGCUCCUCUUUCACAAGUUUCAAUCAUGGGUUAAUGCUGACAUUCUUUGGCUUUAGUAAAUGGGGAGGAGCCUUUUGUGUUUGUGUGAGGGCAGAGGCAGGAAUAAAUCGUGGCUCUCGGGGCUGACUUUGAUCCAGAA